AUGCACUGCUCCUUCGCCCGACUUUGUCUGAGAUGAAAUGUGCAAUAGCACUAUCAGACUGAGCCAUCGACUAAGUAUAGCAGCAACUGAUCGUCCGGAAUUCAAAGCUUUUUCGUCCCGUGGUCUCCUCAGACUAGUGCCAAACGCGUACCACGGGUUAACAAGCAAACUUUCCUCCACGUCGAGCACGACUGGGCCAAGUUCAGUCCAGUUUGUCCUUGGACACACUUGGAAAGUAUGUUUUCCUCUGGGUAAGGCGUCUCGUGGGCGGCAAAGCGAAGCGUCAAGAUGAGCUCGCAACGAGGUCGAUUCGAGGCAUUGCAUCUAUUCGACGAAGAAAACCACGGUCUUUGACAUUGCCGAUAAGUCUGGAACGUACAGACGCGUUGUCUUUUUUCACACCAAAAAGUCGAGGGAUUUGAACUGAUCGCGUUCCCCUCGUGGCAAAGGGAACCAAACUUUUCUUCUGACUAUGUCCUUUUUGGUAUCCUCCAAGUUUCAGUAUCCUUCGUUACGGCAAGGAUCCUCUGCACUCUAAGCACAGUAUGCUUUCUGGUGUCGGGGUAUAUAUUGACUUUUCCCUGAUCCAUAUCAUAACCACGAGAACCUGUGACAAUAUCCUAUGGUACGCGAGUGCCUAACUGUGUUGUUAUGUCUGGAACCGUUGUCUACGUGCACCAAAGGGCCGUGAGGACCGGCGCUGAUCCUGUGCCAUUCUAUUCAGCCUGGAGCCCUAGGUCCUGUUGAAGGGUAUAAGUAUGUUCCCUUUUCCUGGUACUGCAACUUGUACAUCCAGCAAACUCCCAAGAGCAGCUUUGAUCAUACGGAGCACACCAUAAACACAAGAAACACCAUUCACAACACAUCUACUCUUGCAUAACUGGGAUCCUCCUCAAGUUAUCCACACCCCUUCUUUCUCUCACACCGGAAGCCCGACCCAGCUUCAUCCUCACCUUACCUCCUCAACCUUAACGACCUCUUACACUCCAACCUCCCUUCCUCGACACCCAACAUCAUCACCAUGGUGUCCUCCCGAAGCAACAAUGGCAACACCCACCCCUUUGGCUCGUCCUCCUCCCCGCUUACAAGCACCAUGUCUCUUGGCCAAGCAGGGUCAUUUGCCCACAUCGAGCAUGCCGAGGCGGUGUCUGACAGCAGCACCGGAACCAACACCCCUACCUCCCGCACCUCCUCCUCCCCCAUUGACAUCCCAAUGCCCAGACGCUCCGCUUCCAUCGAAGCAGAGGCAGGCAGCCAACCAUUUUCCUGGGACCGGCCCGGGAACAACGAAGCCGUCGACUUCCACGUCGACGACUCAAUCGCCCGAAGAACGAGGGCCGAAAUGCACCUCGCAGAGGCAGAAGCAGAGGCAGACUCGGAGUCGGAGUCUGCAGACAAUUGGAGCACCAGGGCCAACGCUGGCGACGACGACGACAACGACAGUGGCUACAACAGCAGCCACGAGGGCACCGAACUGUGGGGACAUGGCGGUAUCUGGCCCGUCUGGUCCAUGGAACUGGAACCUUUUGCUUCUUCCUGGAGCUAUACUAGUCGGCGCCUUCCUGGUAGCCACCGCAUCAGGCGCCGCAAUGAGCGGACCUCUCCUCCUCCUCCUCCUCCUUCUCCUGAGCCAGCGGCAGAAGGGAGACGGGAACAUUACCGGGUCGUGCCACUGGUCGAGGCCGACGACACAGAUGGCUUCGAGGUGCCUUGGAUUCCGUUGAUCGGGAGGAUCGAGGAUCUUUUGUCCUGGCCGGUCGGGAGUCCUCGUCCUGCUCGUCGGGGCAUGAUCCCUGUUGUGGCCGAGGAAGAAGAGGAAUAGUGAUCGUGGCGUUGUGGACAGGGCCCCCUAGCCUGCCAGUGACAGAGCUUGUGCUCGGCUUUUCUGCAGGAGAUUUGCACUGCUACGUCCCUAGUAGUAGGGAUAAUUACAGCCACAGAUAGUAGUAGUGAUACCUUUUCUCUCUGCAUUAGUUGUGAUAGUGGUAGUUCUGCAGGCAGUAUAAUGCUAAAGUUCUAGGCAUA